GAGCAGAUGUAGAGUCUUGGUUCGUCUUGAUGAGCUGUAGAAUGCACGCUUCAAGCAACGCCGUAUCCAUUGAGCUGGAGAUGAGUAGAAUCAAGAAACUAAAUCAGCUUCCAUACCAGCGUCUGAACAAAUGGCAGGUCUGUAGCAGGGCUGCAGCUGAUUGUCGACGUCUUUACAUGUCUGCCCAUCUGAUCGCGUCCCUUCUUCGCAUUACGUAACUCGGGCGACACCUCAAGACACCAAAAAGGCUCAAGCUGAAGGCUAACGGACUGGGUGUAGAAAGGCGUCUGCAGUCGGCGAUCGGACUCGCAAGCAAUGAGCUCCUUGCCGCCGUCGAGCGUCACAGACGAUCAGCAUGAAGCAGAGAGCCAAUAUGAGCGCUUGACGCGCAAGUUCAAGGAGGAGCCGCUGGUUCCGAUUGGCAUUGUAGGCACUUGCGCUGCCCUCUUUGCAGCUUCCGUCUCUAUACGUCGUGGAAAUCAAAAAAGCGCGAAUCAAUUCUUCCGCUGGCGAAUCUAUGCACAAGGCUUCACUGUGCUGGCUAUGGUGUCGGGUAGCGUCUACUACGGCGAUACGAGGAAGGACGCGAAGCGCAUCAAGGAUGAGAAGGAGCGUACAAAGGCAAUAGAAGCGAGAGAUCGAUGGCUAGCGGAUCUCGAUCAAUAUGAGAAGGAACGACAAGAGGAUGUCAGACGCAUGGAAGCGAGGAGAGCCGCAAGACAAGCGAGAGAUGCCUCGCAGUCAUGACAGCCUUGCAUACACGCACAUAUUUCGUGAGAAGCAAAUAUCAGUGGAUAGAACCACAAGAUUAUAUGUGAAACACAUUCGACACUUGAUGAU